UAGACCAUCAUCCUCUCCUCAGCUUCACCUCCUGUCCUCUGCUAAAGGACUUUACAGCCAUGAAGGUCUUCAUCCUCUCCUGCCUUGUGGCACUUGCUCUUGCAAGCGAGAAGGGUGUGUCCUCUGAGACUGAUAGUGUUUCCAGUGAGGAAUCUGUUGGACAUCUCAAUGAGAAACUUCAGUACGUGAAUCUCAUGGGACAGCUGCAGGCAGAGGAUGUGCUCCAGGCUACUAAAGCUCACCCCAGCAUCCAGUCACAAUCCCAGGGCUUUCCAUCCACCCAGACCAUCUCUUGCAAUCCCAUCCCACAAAACAUCCAGCCUAUUGCUCAACCCCCUGUGGUGCCAUCUUUUGGGCCUGCCAUUUCUCCUGAACUGGAAUCCUUCCUUAAAGCUAAAGCCACCACCUUUCCCAAGCACAAGCAGAUGCCCUUCCUUAACUCUGAAACUGUGCUCAGCCUCUUUAACUCUCAAAUCCCCAGCCUUACUGGUCUUGCCAAUCUGCACCUUCCUCAGUCUCUGGUCCAGCUCCUGGCACAGAUUGUGCAGGCUUUUCCUCAGUCUCCCGUGGUUUCUUCUCACUCCCAGCUGUCUCUUCCUCAGUCCAAAGUUCUGUACCUUCUUCAGCAAGUAGCACCCUUCCUUCAACAAGAUAUGUCCGUCCAAGACUUUGUGCAGUCCCUAGAAUUUCUGCUUAACCCCACCGGUCCAUUCCCUGCCACUCAACAACUUCAUUCCGUUUCUGUCUAAGAGGAUUUCCAGGUUAUUUUCUCCUCCUCAUUUUUUUGAAUUGACUGAAACUGGAAAUGUACAAACCUUUUCAUCUUUGGAUCAUGCUACAAAAUGAUAUAUUUCUGAAUUAAUUUACAUGG